AUGAAACUGUUAAGGAUAGAAAUUUGGGAAAGUAUGUCGUAAAACAUUGAUGAAUUAUUUAGUUUAUACAACUUUACAUGUUCUUUGAAAACUAUCUUGCAUUUUAUGAAUCACGAUAUUCGUCAAUUAAAAUAUCCACAUUCUAAAGACUUUAUUAAAUAAGUGAGAUAAAGUUACCUAGUAUUAACACAGAUACUUUAAGCCAGAGAUUUCAUGAUAGAAAUCCCAUUCAAUCAAAACUAUAUUCAAAUCAUUGAUUUCUGAAUCAAUUAUUGAAUAUAUGAACUGUUUUCAAAGUUAAUAGGCCACCAAUUAUAAGGAACUACUUCUGUUCUCAUUAAGGAUACAGUUAAAGCAGGG